AAAUGGCGAAGUGCUGCUCUUCCGUUCUUCUUAAACAGCAUGGCGAACUUCGAGCAUGCUGAAGACAACCCAAAACACGUGAACAUGUCUGGAGAAAUCCCUGCCGCUUGCGACCCAGUCCAACCGGGCGAAGCGGCCCCUGCACCGGGCGGAGAUGCGGAAGUCCUCCCGUGUGCGAUCCCUACGUUCGCCGCCGCCUCGGAGCUGCUGUCAGCGCCCUAUUCGUGUCUGGUUAUGAACACGCACCGGAGACACAUCGCCCUGCCGCCCAUGUACCUGAAGAAGAAGAGGACGGGUAUUCAGGAGGAGCUGGAAGCCGAGCUGCUCAGGUUCUCCCAGAGUCUGAACGGAGUGCCGCUAGCUUAUGACAACAUCAGGAUAGUGGGCCAUCGGGGAGACAUUUACGACGACAGCGGCUACAUCCACAUGGACAUAGAGGCCAACUUUAUUGUAUUUCAGCCCAAAAGGGGACAGAAACUUGUGGGGAAGGUAAACAAACUGGGCAUAAGCCACGUGGGCUGCCUGGUGCACGGCUGUUUCAACGCCAGCCUCCCUAGACCGAACCUGGUCCCCGUGGAAACCUGGAGGGACGCGGGGCCGAGGAUCGGAGCCGAGCUGGAGUUUGAGGUGCUCGCGCUCGACGCGGAUCCUGCGGGGGUGCUGCUGAUCAGAGGACGACUGGGCAGGACCAGGGUGCAGGAGCUGCUGGCUAUGGGUGAGAGCUCAGAGUCCGGUGUCCCUGUGGAGCAGCCAGAACCGCAAGGCACGGAAGCAACGGCAGAACAAAGCCAACAGGAGCCUGUUGAAGACUCCCCCAAGAAAAAGAAGAAAAAGAAGAAAGACAAAGUCAAAGAGGAGGAGGCAGAACAAGAGAUAACAAACAUGCCCUCCUGUCAGCAGGACGGCGACCCGGCGUCGGAGCUGAACGGAACAAUGGAUGAGGCGGACGGCAACGAGGCUGGUGAGAAAAAGAAGAAGAAGAAGAAAAAGGAGAAACGUGUGAAAGAAGAAGAGGAGAACGUUGAACUCUCGCGCCCCGAGAUCCACGGGAGUGACUCCAGCGGUUACCAUAGUGACAAGCCAAGCAAGAAACGGAAGCAUGAAUCCAGUGUCGACGCAACAACGGGUGUUAGCGACGAUCCCGAAGUGAGAAAAUCCAAGAAGAAACGAAAAGGUGACAUUGAGCAGUUCGCCUGAAUAAAAAAUGGACAAUGGAUUGAUGAUGUGGUAGAAAUCAGGAGGAAUAAUUGACACUGGCAAUGUUUUUGAUGGAGGAAUAAACUGGCGUGCCUUAAUCAUUUAACACAAUAUUAAGCAAACAAGGUGUCUGCCUUCUUCUGAGCGUUUUUCAGAUCUUCUAAGCAGAUGAUGAAUCACGCAGGAGAGCAGGGGAAUGAAUGAAUGAACGAAUCGAGCAGACCUGAGGGGCUGUUCCUCGUUGCAUUGCUGUUCCAGCGCACUGCCUGAUGGUGGAGCAAAGCUGCUUCAUACGUGCACACCAGAAAUCCACAGGUGGAAAACGUGUGUGUUUAACGUGGCCAGCAGAGGCAGGAUUGAGUUUUUGUGCAUUUUCUUUUGUUUGAUAUUUGCAUGUUCGCCUCGGUGCCUUCAGGCGCUUCUUAAGCAGAUUGCCUUGAUUUUAACUGCAAGUCAAAGUGAAGUUUUACAAAGUGAAAGUCAUAAUGUUCAGUCACAGUGACAAGUGGCACAGUCAUGCAUUCCUUUCGUCUUUGGUAUUAAUGUGAAUAUGGAAGUGGAUUUAUCCUCUUUGACUAAGAACCAAAAGAAAUGCAAAAUAAAUAUUUGUUUCUCAUCCAA